AUGAGCAUUGCACUCUGCCAGCCACCGGGCGCCGAGUUGUUUUGGUGCUUUUUGCUUUGCAGGCCGGAGGGCGAAUCUCCGGAGCCGACAAACAUGUCUUGCUUGAUUUGGGCUUCCCGUUGCCCAAUGCUUCGCAGUUGGCUUGUGACUGAUCAGAUGCGUCGGAUUCUCCCCCUGAAAGAGCCAGCUCCGCCUGCCUCCGAGCAAAAAUCAUCUCCCUCGUCCGGGUCUUCGGAGUCCGACCAGGUUUCAUCGGAUCCCGGCGAUCCCAAAUCAGCGCCUUGUCCGGAUCCCAGUGCAGAUCAGCGAAGUGCCGCUUCCGCCUCGUGUGGGGCCGUUGAGGGCUGCAACCCCCUGUCGAGUCAGGGCCCCUCUUCGGUCCUUCGUCCUCCCAUGCUGGCCGAUUGCCUCGCUGUCUCGGGAUCUUUAUCGGCCGCCGCCCUGCAGGCUGGUUGGGAUGCCUUGCCAUUGGGCCACAAACGUGGUGCCCCCGAGUGCUGUCCCCGAGUGCCGAUUGACCUCUCCGCGAAAGAUGAUCUGCAAACAUUGCUUGACUUUGAUCGCCAUACACUUGUCGACUGGUGGCAUUUCAAUCUGUUCAUGAAAUCUUGCAAUCAGGGACGUGAUUCUCGAGGACGUGCGAGCCUUCGUGACGCCUCUCACUUGCUAGGGCGCGCCGGCCUCCCUGCCCGCGCCGAUUCGCUGGUGCAGCAUGAAAACAGUUUACUGCAAGCCGUGGUCGACCUGCUGUUCCGAGCUUAUGAGACUCGGGCCCUGGUCAGCUUGAUCGGGCCGGCCCGGAGUUGGGUUUGGAGCCUCUUAGCCCACUUUGUCAAGCAGAGGCAGCAUCAGGACUUUCUGCAAUGGUUCUUCGCUUUGGCCGAUCAGGAGCUUGAUACUUGCAUGUUCGGUGCCCCAUUCUUGACAUCGCUGCGCAUCCGAGCUGACUCUUCAUCUUUCCCAAACCUUGGCCGUCCCUGUGAUAAGUCCCAUAAACACAUGCCUUGGAUUCCCCCUUCUGCAGGAACGGGUUUCAGUGAUGCCUCGCUGCCUGCUGAGCUGUGCCGGACCCUGUGUCGCUCCGCCACAGCGGUCUGCCGAGGUCUCCAGGCCCAAAGAGUCGACUUCCUGCAUAGCCGCCGACUUCGAGCUCAGGUGCGAGCGGCAGCGGCCAACCAACCCACCUACAUGCCUCCCUUAAUCCCUGAGUUUCGGGUUAGGGUUCCUCUGUCCCAAGUACCGAGUGGAGCUGAUUACAAAAUACUCUCCAAAGGCCGCGGCUCUAGUGCGGGGGACAAUGAUGAGCCGGGGGAUAAUGAUGAGCCCAAUCCUUCUAAGAGGGUCCGGAUACAAGGAGAUGGUAGAGCCGGAGAUCUGGCAGGUGUGUAUUUUUCCAUGGAGGAGCACCUGCAUCGCGCAUGUGGGCUAACCUGCCCAGCUGACAACAGUGCUCGUUUGCCCGAUGCUGUUCGCCGCAACAUUUUUGCCAUACUCACGGAAGGCCCAGUGGCUGUGUCAAAGCGGCGGAUGCUUGAACUGAAAAAAUUGAAUGACCGGAUGGCGGUGCUGUCUGCCACUGAGAAAGAGCUUCGAGCCAAAAUGCAUCCGGAUGUGGAGCGAGUCACUAAGGGCAAGGCCCUAGCUUUGUUUCGCGAGCUUCUUGAGGAAACAGGCUUUCCCGACAUGUCAGUGGUUGACCUUCUUACCGACGGUGUGCCCUUAGUUGGUCAGGAAGCCGAGUCCCCUUUGUUUGCAAAGCGGCCGAAGCCCAUGGACCUUGGGCCAGAUCAGCUUAAAGCCCAGGCCCCACUGCGGCGGCGCGCAUUGCAGAAGAUGAAAGGACUUGUUUCCGAACAGGAUUACAAGGCGAUGAAAGAUGAGACUUCCGAGGAACUGGCAGCGGGUUUCCUCACGGGUCCAUACCACUCGGAGCAGGAAGUCAGCGACAUCUUGAAGACCGAUGCAUGGUCGCUCUCGCCUCGUUUCCUGUUGAGGCAGGGCGAAGACGCCAAGAUAAGGAUAAUUGACGACUUUAAAAUGUCGGCGGUUAACAGGGCCUUUGGUUCCUCGUCUUUCCUAGAGCUUCAGGAUACGGAUUACGCGGUCGGCCUCCUGAGGUUCCUUUCCCGUGUGCUGCAGGAUCGCUCCAAGGUCCGGGUCCCCUUGUCUGAUGGCACCGUGCUCGAGGGGAACUGGGAUCCCGAGAUGCUCCGCCAGCCCGCUCUGCUCGGCAAGACGUUGGACUUGAGUAAAGCCUAUCGCCAGGUGAGCAUCCAUCCUUCCACGAGGGAGCACGCUGUUCUUGGCUUCCCCGACCCGCAAGGCAAGUGGGAAUUUUACAUAGCCCAGAGCCUGCCUUUUGGAGCUGCUGCAAGCGUGUAUGGGUUCAACAAAGUAGCACUUGCGAUUCUUCACAUCAUGGUUGUCAAGUUCGCUGCAAUCGCGACCGACUUUUACGACGACUACACUGUAUAUGAAUUUCGCCCAGCUGCAUUCCUGCUGGACAAAGUCCUGAUGAGGCUGCUGGACCUGCUAGGGUGGACCUACGCGAAGUCUGGGCGGAAGUUUGUGCCGUUUGACAACAAGGUGGUCUCCUUGGGUGUUUCUUUGGGCCUUGACGAGAUAUGGGGAGGCGCUCUCAAGGUCGAGAACAAAGCGGGACGUCUUGAAAAGAUUGCAGAGCUCCUCCAAACAAUUGCCCAGGGGGGAGCUGUGACGAGAUCUGAUGUGGCCUCGCUGCACGGCUUGAUCAACUUCGCAGGUGGACUGAUUAUGGGCUUCGAGCUGAAGCCCACGUCGCGAAUGCUGUCACGGGCCUUGUCGGGGCCUUUCCAAGGAAGUACACUCGAACUUCGACUGGCUUGUGCGUUAGCUCUGGAUGUCAUUGCGCAGUGCAGGCCAAAGCGGUGCCCGGCUACAAUUCUGCCGCCGAUUGUGCUCUACACUGAUGGAGCCUUCGAGAAGGGGCGAGGUACCUGGGGCGCGCAGCUGAUGGGUCACUGGGGCAAGGAAGCUGGGGCCCAAGUGAUUUGUCAGGUUGAGGCCUAUGCUCUGGCAAUAACCUUGUUCGGGAUUCGCGGAGUGCUGAAAGGUCGCUCAGUCUUGGCAUGGAUUGACAACAACGCCUGCCUUUAUGGGUUCGUAAAGCGAUACUCCCCCUCGGCCUCCAUGAUGCGCCUCAUCUCCUUGGUGGCCUUGAUGGAGAGUUCCAUGGAGGCGCUUCUCUGGUUCGAGCGGGUCCCCUCUAAGAGUAACCCGGCGGACCUCCCAUCGCGGGGGCAGUUUGCAGAGGCUUGUGAGCGCUUUCGGGCCAUAAACAAAGGUGAUGUGGCAGCCACUGAUACGAUGCGUGCUCCCCACUACGAGCCUAAGCUGGCUCAGGCAAUCCUUACAUCGGCUAGGCUGGAAGCUGAUUGGGCACAGGAAGUGCUGCAGUGA